AUGGCAACUCUUAAGGAGCAGCUGAUUGUGAAUCUCUUUAAGGAAGAACAGCCCCCCCAGAACAAGAUUACUCUUGUUGGGGUUGGUGCUGUUGGCAUGGCUUGUGCCAUCAGUAUCCUAAUAAAGGACUUGGCGGAUGAGCUUGCCCUUGUUGAUGUCAUGGAAGACAAACUGAAGGGAGAGAUGAUGGAUCUCCAACAUGGCAGCCUUUUCCUUAGAACACCGAAAAUUGUCUCUGGCAAAGACUACAGCGUGACUGCAAACUCCAAGCUGGUCAUCGUCACAGCGGGGGGGGGGGGGGGGGCUUGUCAGCAGGAGGGAGAGAGUCGGCUCGAUCUGGUCCAGCGAAACGUGAACAUCUUCAAGUUCAUCAUUCCCAACGUGGCCAUGUUGACAUUUGUGUCCACGGUUCAUCCAAAGGCCAUGUCUAAAUCCAUGGCCCUACUACAGCAAGAGUCUCUGCUAAUGUCUGUGCCUCCUGUUACCAUCAAAGUCUAUGUGAAUGUCUGUAGUCUGGGCCUUAGGGCUUUGGCCAUGUUGAAGUCUGGGGAUCACUGUUGCUGGGCCCAUAAAGAUCUGAGUGACCUACAUGGGGUCAUGGUGAUAUCUAGGCCAAAACUGCUGCUGAGGGCCAUCUCUGGAUUCAUGUCUGAGAGCCAUUCUGAGCUGGUCCUGCCUCUCACUGGCCCUGAGAAAGCUGACCAGGCCCCUCCUGGGGAAUUGGUUCUGCUUUUCCAUGGUUCUGAGAGAGCUAGUCCCAAUGACUAA